AGUGCUAAGGGAGUUAGUAUAGGACAACACUUUAUUUAUCUGCGUAUGUGAUCAUAAUGUGCCGAAAGAAAGUCGUUGUUGAAAAUUUUAGGAAUCGGGACUUCAGCAAUAAAUUAAUUCUGAAACAUGUUUCGUCUUCUCGUGGUGGUGACGGUGCUCUUUAUGACGACUGACGCGCAGCAAUAUCACUGGACUUGGCAAAUAACUGACAAUUUGCCAAAAGUUCCUUCAGUUUAUAAUUUUCCUUCAGUAAGUUUGACCAAUAUCGACAACGUGCUUUAUUAUGGCACUAUUAGCAUUGGAAAUCCACCGCAAAACUAUGAAGUUGUAUUUGAUACUAGUUCCCCAUAUCUUCGGAUAUUUCCUAAAAUGUACACAAAUCCUGUUCCUGUUUCCUCCUUAUAUAGAAAUAGACUAGUAUACCGAUAUACAGUAUAUAGAAAUAGACUAUUUGAAGUACGAUACCUCGAUUACAAUGUAACAGGAUUCCUAUCUAACGGUAAAGUAAAUGUUGCCAACCUCAAUAUAGAGAGGCAAACAUUUCUAGAAGUGGUAAACAUGUCAGACGAACAUAUACUUGAAUUGUACUCAAAUGAAUCUACCAGAAAAUUUGAUGGUCUUUUGGGCCUGGGUUGUUACAACUUACACACUGCCACAGUCGAUGAAAUAAAACCUGUCUUCUACAACAUGGUUCAACAGAAUUUAGUGUCAUCAAGCAUUUUCAGUAUUUAUCUAAAUAGAGACGCUUCAGCCGAUUUUGGUGGUAAAUUGAUAUUCGGUGGUUCUGAUCCUGCUUAUUACGAGGGAAGUUUUACAUAUGUUCCUGUUAUUCGCACAGAAUACUGGCAAUUUACCAUUAAUAAUAUCCAACUAAAUAAUUUUACUUGGUGCAAGAAAAGCUGCCAAGGUAUUGUUGACACAAGUACUUGGAAAAUAAUUGGACCAAAAAAGGAUGUUUCACUUAUUAAUCGACUUAUUGAAACUAAUUCACAAGGAAGUGUGGACUGCAAUAGAAUUUCUCAAUUGCCUAUAAUCGGGUUUAAUUUGAGUGGUUUUAAUUGGUUUAGUAAGACGUUCGUUCUUACCGGUAAGGAUUAUAUCAUUCGGGAUCCACAUGAUAAAAAUACAUGUGUAACCGUCUUUUGGAAACACGAGACAGCAACUGACGGUUUUGACCAUUAUGUAGAAUGGGUUCUGGGGAUGCCAUUUAUUGGCCGUUACUACACUGAGUUUGAUAUUGGUAGACAUCGCGUGGGAUUUGCUUUGGCGAAAAAUGUUUGGUAGACAUCGCGUGGGAUUUGCUUUGGCGAAAAAUGUAUAAAAUUUAUCAAAAUGUUUAGAAAAUCUUACAUUGUCACCUUUUAUUGUGUAUUUAUCAUCAUUUUUUAAAUUAUUUGUUUAAUUUUCGAUAAGAAAACAAUUAAUUUUUUAAUCGCCAACCGACAAAGUUCGCAGAUUAUCAAUGUGAAUUUUUGCGUAAUGCCUACAUAAGUGCGACUUAAUUUUCAACAGCAAUACUUUAUCGUGAAUGCAACUGAUAUGGACUUAUAGUUAUUUGGAAUGCGAAUUUUUGCGAGUAAUUGCAUUCGCUAAGGUCAUUGUUGCAUGGCUGUCAAAUAAUCGAUAUAAUCAAUCUAUUCUUUCGAAAAGCUGAUUACUCCUUCAUUAUCAAUCUUAAUUUAGCGCACACUUAAUAAUUUAUUUCAAAACAAUUAUUUUUAUUUGUUAUAACACAAAAUAUUAAAUAAUAUAUUUUUAAAUUUGAUUGAUCAGUAGGACGGAUGAUCAAUAAAAAAGUUUAUGUUUCGAAUGCGAGCGAUUGUAUACAUAACGGCCGCCAAAUGUCGAUGUAAAUGAUAGCUCUAGUACAAUUUCUUUUUUGUAUGUCGUAACGUACGGAAAGAAAUUUACUGGAAAUUUCGAAAACAUGUUCCGUUUUCUCGUGAUGACUGUGAUGCUGACCGACGCGGAAAUCCAAAACUAAGUUCAUACAUUGUAUUGUAAGUUUAAGUUACAUAUCAGUAUAAUAAAUAUUGAAUUUUAGAAUUGACCUAUUCUUUCGUUUUGAUCACAUUUGAUCCUCUGAGGUUCCAAACUUAUGUAAAACUUAUG